AAAAUAGAAAAGAGAGAGAUGAUGAAGAGAUGAGCUCUGCUGCAGGAGAACACAGCGGUUCCAUACCUGAGUGCUGCUGCCGUGACUGAAUAAAACCUGCGACAUUCGACCUAAAGAUUCUCACCUUUGAAGACUAAUGGAAUAUUCCUGCUGGACUGGAGUAAAGAUGGAGAACAACACCACUACUUUCCAAGAUAUUGCUCGGGUUUUAAAUCUGACGGCAAUGCCUCUGAACUCUGUUGAGGAACAAGUCAUAACCAUUUUUUUAACAGUGCUCAUCUGUGGCAUUGGGAUUGCUGGAAAUGCCAUGGUUGUGCUUGUUGUUUUGCGCACCAAACACAUGGUGACACCAACAAAUUGCUACCUCGUUAGCUUAGCUGUGGCAGAUCUCAUUGUGCUCCUGGCUGCAGGCCUACCGAAUAUCUCAAAUGUAGUAGCUUUUUGGAUUUACGGCUACACAGGUUGCUUGUGCAUAACGUAUCUUCAAUAUCUGGGCAUCAAUGUGUCGUCUUGCUCCAUCACAGCAUUCACAAUUGAACGCUACAUAGCAAUUUGUCACUCAAUAAAGGCACAGUUCAUAUGCACAGUUUCUAGAGCCAAAAGGAUUAUAGCUGGAAUCUGGAUCUUUACUUCGCUCUACUGUACAAUGUGGUUCUUCUUGGCAGACACUGAAGAAACCAUCUACACCAAUGGGGUGGUUGUUACAUGUGCUUACCGUGUCUCAAGGAGUCUCUACAUGCCAAUCUACUUUCUUGACUUUACUCUUUUUUAUGUGGUUCCUCUUAUUGUUGCCACUGUGCUCUAUGGGCUUAUUGCGAGGAUUUUGUUCAUGAGUCCUCUCCCAUCCAAUCUAAAUGACCAGGCAGGAGGAGGAUCCAUUCAUCAAGGUCACUCCCAGAGCACCAACAGGGCCAACAAAGGAGCUGUGAUUGCACGAAAACAGAUAACAAAAAUGCUCGCUGUGGUGGUGAUCCUCUUUGCAAUGCUGUGGAUGCCUUACCGAACAUUGGUGGUGGUUAACUCCUUCAUCGACCCUCCUUACCACAACAUCUGGUUCCUCCUCUUCUGCCGGAUGUGCAUCUAUACCAACAGCGCCAUAAACCCCAUUGUUUACAACCUCAUGUCACAGAAGUUCCGCAUUGCAUUCAAAAAGCUCUGUAGGUGCCGCUACCAAGGCAGGGAGGCAGAGUACAACAUGCCGGUUUAUUACAGCGUGAUGAAGAAUUCCUUACAUGGGAGCAAUGAACCAGUGACAGAGCAGGAGGAACUCAGUGGUCAAACAUCAAAUAGAUUCAACAUAAAUGAAGACGCUGCAAGUGCACUGAGUAGCUCUUAAUCAAAGCUGUUAACUCUGUUUACAGAUAUUCCUUUUUUAUGGCUAGGUUUUCUGUUAUUUCUAAUAUGGAAAAAAGAUGUAUGGAUAUCGUUGAUAAACUGGUUGGUGUUUAUGUCUCGCAUUAUAAGGUGCACUUAAAAGUUUUACAUUUUCUCAGAAUCGGGAGUACCUUAUACAUUGAUUCAUUUUGGUUAUGCUUACUGACUUUAAAGUGAGUUUGUAUGCUACACAGCACCCUGUCAAAAUCUUUUAGUAUGACUCUGGUAAACUACAAAGCCACAGCGCUUGUAACAUUACAUCCACCAUAGUCAGAAGUAGGGCAUAGUUAUACAUGCUGUGCUUCACUAUAAUAAAACAGUGAGUUUGAAUAAGGCCCAAAACGUUGCUUCUGUCAAGAGACACAACGCAUAUUUCAAACUCAUUCAGUCACGCAACAGAACAUGGGAAUACAGCAGCUCCCUUAUAAUCCAGCACACCCUAUAAUCAGGUCGAUAUGGUAUAUAGGGUUGGUCAAGUGUAAUGAGACAGAGACUGGAUCCAAAUAAACCAAGACAGGUUAGUAACGUUUUGAUUGGUUUAUUGAAAGGGUUACUCUGAUAGCAGGGCUGCAUCUGUGUGGGCAAACAGGCUGCAGGUAGACAGGCGGGCAGAUUGAGGGAGGUUUAAAAGUUAGAUCCAGGAUGGAGAGACAGGCAGUUUAGCGGAGCUUUUCUGAGUCAGAGAUCCAGAGAGAGGGGAGCAGGCAGGCCGAUCAGAACGACACAGGGAUCCGGUGAUCCAGAGGCAGAGCAGAGAGGGUAAUUAGGCAGGCAGAAUCAAACAGGGGUCAGGCAGGCUCGGAGUCAGGAGGCAGAUCAGGUCAGAAACAGAUAGGCGGUCAGGUACUCUUUUUGAUGCUACUAUUCGUAGCGGGUUGGCUCAAGAUAAUCUGGCACAGAGGACUGAUCUGAUGGGGUUUUUAAAGUUCUGAAAACAGGUGACUCCGGUCAGAGCUGAUUGCAGACGGGUGGAGCAGAGCAGGUGUAUGGACUGAGGGAUCAGGCCAGAAUCAUUGCAGAAACCAUUACAUCAAGUCAGUAUGACCUCUCAAAAUCCUUUACAUUUGGCGUUCUAACAAUCAUUAUAUAUCAAAGGACAGGUAACUUGGGGUCAAAUGCCCUCCCAAGGGUCAAAGACACCUGGCAAGAGAAAGCUGGAAUUGAGCCUACUAUGAUUACUACUCUGGUAGUUAAGUGUCUUCCAUGUGUGUAUGUCUAGAAUUAGUAUUUGUCAGCAGUAUGUUCACAGUACAUAUCUAUACUGUAAAAAUCUACCAGUACAAAAUGUGAAUCUUUGGUGUAUUCUGUAUCUGCUUUACAGAGUUGUAUUUCUGUAUAUUCUUCCUAUAGUUGCUCUUUUCGUGGGUCACCACUGUUGAUCCCCCACAACCAUUUCACCCCUACGAUCCUCCUUGUUGAUGAUAAUCUUGUGCAGAUAAUCUUUCACAAAAUCCAUAACCUUACCUCUCCAAAUUUUUCACUGAAUUAUAUAACCUUGCCUGCACAAUUUUUUUUUUCAUUUCCAUUCAAUUCAGGUUAGUUGUAAUAACAAGAAUAAUACAAAGUUAAAUAAUAAUAAACUUUUUUUAUUAUUAUUCACCUUCUUAAAUCUCUCUUAAUAUUGUGUUUUAGGCACCGCUUACUCCUUACCUUUAUUGUUCACUAAUGUUUUCCUGGUUCUUUAGAUAUUUUGUUAGUUUCUGUGGGAUAUCAUUGCACAAAGUAAUGCACAAUUUGAAGUGUGGCAAAAGGCAUUAUUUUUUGUUCCUAAAUGAAGUUCUGAAAAGUAUGGUGUACCAUUCUAUACAUUCUCCUAUUUCGUAUACACAUGAGAAAUAUCUGGUUCACCCAAUUAUCUGUUUUUGUCACCUUAUUCAAUGUAAGAGUCACACUAUGUCACAACAUGUUGAAAUAUUUAGCAGUUGUUUUGUUGUUUCCUGCUAUGUAACUACUAACAAGAAACGAAUGUUGACCACAUGGUUCCCCAUACUGACAUGUAAUGAGCUCAAUGAAAUAAUA